AAAUCAGUCUCCAGACGCGAGUUGUCCCCAACAUCUUCACCAUCAUCACGAUGCCUCGAGGAUUUUUGGUAAAGAGGAACCGUCGAGGUUCAGCAACUUACCGCUCCAGAGGCGACGGCACCGCCAAACCCGAAUCAUCCAACUGUGACCCAAACGGCGCCGAGAACCAUGGCUCAAUGGGACUCCACGUCCAGCAUCCCGACGGAGCAUCACCAGAGCCCCGCGAGGAUCCGGCCAGGGAGGCGUGGAGCCCCCACGUGGAGCCCGCGCUGGAGGCGGAGGCUGACCGCCGCGCGCAGUUACCGGAGACCGAAGUGGAGGUUUUGAACGUGGAAGGGAACUACUCCUAUUUCUACCAACAUCCACCCCCACAUGAGCAGACUCUAAAGUCCUGCAGUCCAGUCAAACCGGUCGGAACAAGACUGUUGGACCAGCAGGUGGAGACCGAACAGCAGCUGUGCUCCUCGGUGCCUGAGCUGCCGGACCUACCGUUCCUGGUGAGCGCCGCUCCGACCUCCAUCCCCGCUUCCAUCGAGAGGCUCCUGGCGAACGGGACCAGCAGCAACCGGCUCUAUAGACACAUUGACAAAAACGACCCGAAUCUGGCUCAUGCACACUUGUUUCCAUCAUUGACCCGGAUGGGUCAGGAGCACGCAGCGAGAAAGCGCUCGUAUCUUGAGCCGGAUAACCAGAACAAACUCAGCAGCAAGCAGGGCAAGAAACCCAAACCAAACCGCAGACAGAACUUCGAGGAUGAGGUAACCACGUCGCCGGUUCUAGGUCUGCGCAUUAAGAAGGAGAGUCCGGAGCUGAGGAGGUCUGCUCCCACCGGAACUCAGCCGCUUGGAGAGUUCAUCUGCCAGCUCUGUAAAGAGGAGUACCCCGAUCCUUUCUCCCUGGCGCAGCACAAAUGCUCCCGCAUAGUGCGCGUAGAGUACCGCUGCCCCGAAUGCGACAAAGUCUUCAGCUGUCCCGCUAACCUGGCCUCCCACAGGCGCUGGCACAAACCACGUCCGGUGAACAACCAGGGGGCAGAAGGUCACACGAACCGGACCCAGACGCUGAAGGAGGGGCGAGUAUUCGCUGCGCACGAGCGGCAGUCGGUGGACUUGGAGGGGAAGGAGAAUGAGCUUCUUCGCGCGCACACUAAUCAGCACCUGGACAGCUCCCGGGUGCUGCUGCUUCACGGUAGGACCCGGGACAGCGCCGAUUCCUCCUCCUCUAACUACCGGAACCCAGACCUUCAGCAGCACGUGAGAGCCGCAGAUAGCCCUCCAUCCGGACUCCUAAUGCUGAACCCCGGGGAGCAGCAGCACCAGCAGCCGCCGUUAACCUUCGUCCGGUCCAUACCGGAGGAAGAAUUAUACGAGUGCCGCUACUGCGGAAAGAAGUUCCGUCGGCAGGCUUAUCUGAAAAAGCAUCUGGCCGCGCAUGAAAUGACCGCACGCGCUUCACCAACACCGUCUUACACCCAGGCGCGCGACAACGGCAGUGUCCAGAGCGCUCAGGUGUUCCUGUGUCACCUGUGCGGCGCACGGUUUCCUUCAGUGGAAAUCCGGGACAAGCACCGAGUGUGGCACGCGAUGAGGGACGAGCUUCUGGCAGAAACACUCGGCGGAGCGCUGGCAGCAGAUGGUUUCCACGCACACAGAGAGGAGGGCAGCGGCGGAGAGCGCGAGCAGCAACAGAUCUUCACGUGCAAGUACUGUCCGUCUACAUUUUUCAGCUCCCCGGGGCUCACGAGACACAUCAACAAGUCUCACCCCACCGAGAACCGGCAGGUGAUGCUGCUGCAGAUGACAGUACGACCAUAAAAUACUGACCACUUAUUAAUGACAGGACUCUAGACCUAAAUGUAGAUUUUAUUUCGUUGUGGAUUAGGACUGAACUGUGUCACUGUGCCUUUAAUAAAAAUAAAAAAAAAAUUGUAUCUGCUAAAUACAAAACAAACCUUUCUGUAAUAACAAUAAACUCUAAAAAUGUUCAUGAAGAGAUUAUAAUGGAGUCAGCGUCGCUGUCCAUGGUACUAACAAGUAAACCUGUGUGGAUUGAAAUCAACCUGAUUCAAUUCCCUAUGAAGUAUAUUUAAAAAAAUGAAGGUACUGUUUUGAUAAUGUAUUAGUUCUAUGCUAUUUUCAUACAGAAACAAAACAUUUCGCAACAGAAUUCAUGUCAGUAAA